UGGGCUGCAGGGAGGUUGCUGCAUCCAGUUAACACUUCAGCACCUGUGGCACGGCAGGGCCAAGGAGCCGCAGUCCUCGACCAGCUGGGGGUUUGCUCCUAAGCCCACUCUGCUCCAUCCAGAUCAGCUCACCCUGCCCUUUCCCUGCCCACCAGGACUCCCAUAGCUCUGGGCAAGAGCUGCAGCCCAUUUGCCAAGAUGUCCAGGGUAGCCAAAUAUCGCCGGCAGGUGAGUGAAGACCCCGACAUCGACAGCCUGCUGUCCACCCUGUCUCCCGAGGAGAUGGAGGAGCUGGAGAAGGAGCUGGACGUGGCAGACCCAGAUGGGAGCAUUCCUGUGGGGCUGCAGGAGAGAAACCAGAUGGAGAAACAGUCCACAGGCGCGUACAACCGGGAAGCCAUGCUCAACUUCUGUGAAAAAGAGACCAAGAAACUUAUUCAGAGGGAGAUAUCCGUGGAUGAGAGCAAGCAAGCGGAGACCAAGACAGAUGCCAAGAAUGGAGAGGAAAAGGGCAGAGAUGCCAGCAAAAAAGCCCUGGGCCCCAGGCGGGACUCAGACCUGGGGAAGGAGCCAAAGAGAGGUGCUUUAAAGAAAAGCUUCUCCAGAGACAGAGAUGAUGCUGAUGGCAAAAGCAGUGAGAAGCCCAAGGAGGAGAAGGUCAUCAGAGGCAUUGACAAGGGCCGGGUCCGGGCUGCAGUGGACAAGAAGGAGGCAGGGAAGGACGCAAGAGGAGAGGAGAGGGGAGUGGCCGCUAGGAAGGAAGAGGAGAAGAAAGGGAGCGACAGGAGCACAGGCUUGAGCAGGGACAAGGACAAGAAGAGAGAGGAGGUGAAGGAGGUAUCCAAGGAGGACGCUGAGAAGGUCAAAGGGGAGAGCAGGCACACGGACAGCAGAAAAGAGGACGAGAAGACAAAGAGAGCAGGUGGGAACGCAGACGUGAAAAGGGAGGAGGAGAAGCUCAAACGAGGAACUGGGAAAACAGACACAAAAAAGGAGGAUGAAAAACCCAAGAAGGAAGAGGCUCUGAAUGAAAAGGAAGCCAAGGAAGAGAGCAAGCCCCAAACCCCAGAGAAACAGGCCGCAGGUGGCCCGACCAAGCCCUGUGAGGGGCCUGCCAAGGCGGAGGAGGAGGCAGCUCCCAGCAUAUUUGAUGAGCCUCUGGAGAGAGUGAAGAACAACGACCCCGAGAUGACCGAGGUCAAUGUCAACAACUCAGACUGCAUCACAAACGAGAUCUUGGUGCGGUUCACUGAGGCUCUGGAGUUCAACACUGUGGUCAAAGUGUUUGCCUUGGCCAACACACGAGCUGAUGACCACGUGGCCUUUGCCAUCGCCAUCAUGCUCAAGGCCAACAAGACCAUCACCAGCCUCAACCUGGACUCCAACCACAUCACAGGCAAAGGCAUCCUGGCCAUCUUCCGCGCCCUCCUCCAGAACAACACGCUGACCGAGCUCCGCUUCCACAACCAGCGACACAUCUGCGGCGGGAAGACGGAGAUGGAGAUCGCCAAGCUGCUCAAGGAGAACACUACCCUGCUCAAGCUGGGCUACCAUUUUGAGCUGGCCGGGCCCCGAAUGACCGUCACCAACCUGCUCAGCCGCAACAUGGACAAGCAACGACAAAAGCGGCUGCAGGAGCAAAGACAGGCACAGGAAGCCAGCGGACAGAAGAAGGAUCUGCUGGAGGUGCCCAAGGUCGGGACCCUAGCCAAGGGGUCCCCCAAGCCUUCACCCCAACCAUCUCCAAAGUCCUCUCCAAAGAACUCACCCAAGAAAGGGGGUGCUCCAGCAGCCCCACCCCCCCCUCCCCCUCCCUUGGCUCCACCCCUUAUCAUGGAGAACCUGAAGAACUCACUCUCACCAGCUACCCAGAGGAAGAUGGGAGACAAAGUCCUCCCUGCCCAGGAGAAGAACUCCCGUGACCAGCUACUGGCUGCCAUCCGCUCCAGCAACCUCAAGCAGCUCAAGAAGGUGGAAGUUCCCAAACUGCUUCAGUAGGACCAGGCUGCCAGGCACGGUCUGCCAAUGCCAUGACUGCCCAGGCCUCACCUCCCAGGGCUGCACAGACCCCACCCCCCAACCUGGCUGACCUGCUGUGGAUGUCUCUAUGCUGCCACUGGAGAGCUUGAGGCCUGAGCCACACUCAAGGAAGGAUGCCUUAUCUCUUCUCACUUUUCUUUUCUUGUCUCUGAGGCUCUCCAAAAAUUUUUUUUAAACCUGGAGCUGAGGUUUCAGGACAAGAAGAGUCUUUGUAGCACAUCACCGAGAAGAUGGCACUGCCUAAAGCCCAUGUAGCUGGCAAGCUGCAAAAGGCCUAUGGUCCAGGAAGAUGUCCCACAGGGACCGCAUAUCCACCCCAGCCCCGCUGCCGUCCAGGGCCAGGAUUCAGGCCUCUGAGGAGCCCUUGGGGCAAAGCCGCCGGGCCGGUGGCACUCUGUGUGGGGCAAUGGCAGAGAGAUUGAGAGGGCAUGGAGCCCGAGGGGACAGCGGGAGGGGCUGAGGAUACUCCUCCUGGGGCAGCAGGCCUGGAUGGACAGUGCCUGGUGGGGAGUAAGCUCCAGAUGGAAGGAGAGGGAUAGACAGCAGCUGGACCUAAAGGUCUGAUGCCAAAGCAGACAUUUUCCUCACACCCACCUGCUGUUGUAUAAAUAGCUGUGUAUCUGUUUUUUCCGUAAGAUUUUGAUAAUAUAUACAAACCUUUAGCUGUGAA